AUGAGAUAUAAGACAAAAGCACUCAUUACAAUAUCUAUAAUUGUGCAAUUAAUAAACAGUACAACAGACCAAAUAAACUUAGAAGGAAGAAAACAUAAAAGAAAAAGAGAAGAUCAAUUAAACACACCACAAAAAAUGCAGCAAACUAUGUUAGAGCCAAAUAAUAUUGAAUGUUCUGCAUUAAACACAUAUCAACCGCAUCCAAGCACACAUUGUUCUGCAUUAAACACAUAUCAACCGAAUCCAAGCACACAUUGUUAUGCAGAAAAUACACCACAGCCGGGUUCUAGCGCAUAUCCGCAUGGGGAAAAUCGUAUGAAUAUGAUGAUUUUGAAUAGAGGAGUGUUUAAGUUACCCAGACUUAGAGUAAAUGAAUUUGAGAACUAUGGGCUUUUUCAAAAUGCCAGUCAUGAAUAUUAUAUUAUGACUCUUUUGGAGUAUAAGUCCAAUCGAAAAGAAGAUCCACACAAUUUAAGACGAGAUUUUAAUUUCCAAAAUACCGGUCAAUAUACGUCUCUAUACAAUAGUAUUCUUGAUAGUAAUGAUAUUGAGAAAGCGCGUAUAAAAUUUGUUUUAUUUUGGCAGAAGGAAAAUACUAAGAACAUAUGGAUUCUUGUUAAAGAGCUUGGAGAUUGCAUUACUGAAAGACUGUAUAUUAUUGCCGAUUUUCUAAUUAAUGCGCAGAAUUCUUUGUAUAAAAAGAAAAAUACUGGAUUUUAUUCAAAUAUUCUACAGGAUUUAGUAGAAUAUAUUAUAAAGCAUGGGCCGUAUUGGUAUAGUUUUAAAGAAGUGGAUAUAUAUAAUCAUAAUGUAAAAAAACAUUUAAAAAGAAAAGAGACUAUUGGUGACAUAUGGAUUAAAAAAAGAAUAAAUCCAUACUACUGCUUAAGAAGUCUGGCAUUGCUGGAUGAGAAUAAUUAUAAAAACGCUGAA